CUCUGUGCUGGCCUGUUCCAGCUGGGAGAUGGAAAACCUGGAAGGGUUGGGGGUUCUGGCCAUGUAAAGGAUUUGAUCUAUCGGAACGUGGCAAAAACUGUCUGUGCAGAGAAAUAGGGCUCUAUCUUACCCUGGCACAGACUUCAGAAAGAGGCUAAAUCCCAGCCUCUCCUCAGACCGGCUGUGCCCGAGCAGGGCGGGGCCGAACCGGGAGGCUCUGCCAAGAUUCUUGGGGAGCCAGCGCCCUCCUGCUCCCCUGAAUGGUGCUUAAAGAGAUGGGCAGGUGACAGGCAACCAGGAGGCCAGAACGGAGCAGCAAAGAGAGCCAGUGGGGGCCGGAAUGCCUUGACCCUCUGAUCCAGAGAAGUUAGCAAGGAAGUCCAACUCGCACACCUUCUCCGGGACCCUCCAUGAAUUCCAGGAAGAAAGUAGACUUGAAGCUCAUCAUCACUGGUGCCCUUGGCGUGGGAAAGACCUCCCUCCUGCACCAGUACGUACACAAGACGUUCUAUGAAGACUACCAGACUACCCUGGGAGCCAGCAUUCUCUCCAAGAUCAUCGUGGUGGACGAUACCACCCUGAAACUCCAGAUCUGGGACACGGGGGGUCAGGAGCGGUUCCGAUCCAUGGUGUCGACCUUCUACAAAGGCUCGGACGGCUGCGUCCUGGCCUACGACGUCACUGACCUGGAGUCCUUCCACGCCAUGGAUGACUGGAGAGGCGACAUCCUGGAGAAGAUAGUCUCCACGGACCAGGCCUUUCCCAUGGUGGUUCUGGGGAACAAGAUCGAUCUGGGUGACCGCCAGGUCUCUCAAGAGGUGGCUCUAGGCUGGUGCACAGAGAAGGACAUCCCGUACUUUGAAGUCUCUGCCAAGAACGACAUUAACAUUGAGCAGGCAUUCGAGACACUAGCCAGGCGGGCACUAGUGAGGUCCCGAGGGAUUCUGGACAGCUAUUUCACUGACUCCAUCAAGCUCACUCCCGAAGACCAGACACAGAGUAAAUGUUGCUGAUGGAGGAGGGAGCUGACCUUGGGACCCAACUAGGCAGCCGCAAUCAGCCAGGACUCGCAGACGAGUUUUUAGGAACCGCUCGGCUGAUAAGACUGGAAUCUGCCGCCCAACUUCCGGUGGACUGGAA